UGCGACACCAGAGACGAAUAUUAGUAACCUUAGAGGUAACGUUGAUAUCGAGAGUGGUAUUUAUUAGAACAAAAUCCUUCACUAGUAACUAGUAAAUUUUUCAACAUGACUGGUCGUGGAAAGGGAGGAAAGGGAUUGGGAAAGGGAGGAGCGAAGCGUCAUAGGAAGGUACUUCGUGAUAACAUCCAGGGUAUCACGAAACCAGCAAUUCGUCGCUUGGCUCGUCGUGGUGGUGUUAAACGCAUAUCUGGCUUGAUUUACGAGGAAACUCGUGGUGUCUUAAAAGUUUUUCUAGAAAACGUCAUUCGUGAUGCGGUUACGUACACCGAACACGCUAAACGAAAGACUGUAACGGCUAUGGAUGUUGUAUAUGCUCUGAAGAGACAAGGACGCACUCUUUAUGGUUUUGGAGGUUAAAAUACAAAAUCAUUGUUGUGACAUACAAUCGGCAAAACGGCCCUUUUCAGGGCCACAA